AUGGACUUGUCGCUGAAACUGACAUCAGUCAAACUACGUUCACAAACUGUCGAAAACAUUUUGAAUGACUCUGAUUGUGAUGCUGUAAUAACCCCAUGUGGAAGAGAUAAACCUAAUGAGAGUGGGGAUGAUCCAGAUUGGUUCCCAGGAUGGCCUGAGUACGGCAAUUACAACCAUCAGCCAAAUGAUGACGGUCUCAGCGAGCAAGAUUGUGUCGAAGCAAGGCGAAUGUUCGCCCUACCGCACGCCUCGCAUCGACUAGCCACUACCUUCAUGUGGAAUGACAGAGACUGUUCAACGCCCAAUUAUUUUGUCUGCGAGAGGUUGCAGAGUAAGGAUCCCUUAGAACAUUCCUGGUUACCCAACUGUAAUAGAACUGUGUUCUUAUCAAGAGACCAGCCAAAAUCUCUGGUAUCAAGUCCAGGGUUCCCUCGACAAUAUCCGGAUAAUGCAAACUGCGAUAUUGAUAUCACUGCCACACCCGGCUUCAGAAUAAUAUUGGAUUUUGAAGAACUGGUACUAGAAAAUGAAUCUUCGUGA